GAAGCCCGUGUUUGGUUCUCAGAUCCUUUGGGAAGAGUCACAAAGCGUUUUCCUCAGAGAGGAGCGGAGUGGCCGAGAGCUCGGGAGUCAUCCGCAGGAAGCAAGCGCUGCUCUGGACGCCGCAGACCCCACGACACGUCCCGGAUCACUGUGGUGAGGGAGAACGAGAGAAAGCAAAGAGCGAAAAGAGGAAGAAAGAAGUGUCGGAUGAUGAUGACAUCUGAUCUGAGUGAUAGCUGAUCUCUCUUUUCUGUCUGACAGCUUGAACUGUGGAUCUCCAGGCGCGCCAGGAGUGACUUUUGAACACCUUUUCACACCGGCUCAGUCCACAUCCUGCGCGUCCUGCUGGCAAUUUAAAUCCGCUUUUUUUUUUUUUAAAGUGUUUGUACAUUUUGGAUCCUACUAUUCCGGUAUGAUUGGUUUUAGCACACACUCAUCGGGACUAGAAUUAGAGGAAUAAACCAAAAAAAACCCUGCUUGAUCUUUUGCGAAGCGCACGCAGCAGCCGCAGCAAAGAGCGCACCCACGUUGCUCUUCUUGAAUCACAGUGAAGGAUCUACAGGAGAACAAGUGCACAGCUCAGGCAGGGGGAAAGACUGAGAAACAGAAGGACAGGCACUGAUAUACGGAGGUCUGUUAAUGUUUGGAAUCCAAGAGAGCAUCCAGAGAAGCGGCAGCAGCCUGAAGGAGGAGCCGCUGGGAGGCAUGAACACUGUCCGGAGCUGGAUGCAGGGGGGCGGCGUGCUGGACGCCAACACGGCCGCCCAAAGUGGAGUGGGUCUGGCCCGGGCUCACUUUGAGAAGCAGCCGCCCUCCAACCUGCGCAAGUCCAACUUCUUCCACUUCGUCCUGGCUCUGUACGACCGGCAGGGUCAGCCGGUGGAGAUCGAGAGGACCAACUUCGUGGACUUCAUCGAGAAGGAGAAGGAGACGAGCGGAGAGAAGACCAAUAACGGGAUUCAUUACCGGCUGCAGCUUCUUUACAGUAACGGCAUCAGAACAGAGCAGGACUUUUAUGUUCGACUCAUAGACUCCAUGACUAAACAGGCGAUUGUUUAUGAAGGCCAAGACAAGAACCCAGAGAUGUGCAGAGUGUUGCUGACACACGAGAUCAUGUGCAGUCGGUGCUGUGACAAGAAGAGCUGCGGAAACCGUAAUGAGACACCCUCAGACCCUGUUAUCAUCGACAG